UAACAACUUCACUCCCUAACAGACAGGGGAGUGAUCUAACGCCAACGUUUCGAAUAGGAAAUAUUAUGUGCCACAGUGUUCGAAGUACAACGUAAGGACGGCUACGACGUAAUAAGAAAACGGAGAUAGAGUUUCAGCAAUGAAGUUCACGCUAAUUGUGGUCUGCUUCGUCGCCUUGUCAUACUGCUUGGCCGCUGAUUAUCCUGGCUGUCAACACUACACAUGUACAGAAUGUAUCCGUCAUCCCACCUGCAUCUGGUGCUCAAAGAACAACACCGAGACCAGAUUCCCAAGUUGUAUCAGCGAAAAGCACCCUGACUACGAGAACUGGCUAACGUGGUGUGAGACUGAAGUAGUCGAACCGGAAUUCAUUUUCACUGUGAUCAAGGAGGAGCCUCUGUCUUCCGAUGAUGACGCCGAAAACAUUGUGCAGAUGAAACCGCAGGAAAUUAACCUGACACUCGGAAUUCAGACCCCCUACAACAUAACCUUGACCUACAGCCACUCAGACAAUUAUCCAGCUGACAUCUACUACAUGAUGGAUGGAUCGAAGUCCAUGGCAGACGAUAAGGAUAUGUUGUAUACCCUUGGAGAAAAGCUGGCUGAAGGAAUGAAGGAGAUCACCUCCAACUUGCAACUUGGUUUUGGUAUCUUCAUUGACAAGCCAGUGUUGCCUUAUAUUACCACAAUUCCAGUGACCGGGGGCGAAACACCAGCCUACAGUUUCAAGAACGCUCUUCCACUCACUAGCAAUGCCUCAGCUUUCACGGAGGAGGUUGAGCGAGCGAAGGGCGCCACCAACCAGGACUUCCCAGAGGGCGGGUUCGAUGGUCUCAUGCAAGCUAUAGUAUGCGAGGAGAAAAUCAGGUGGCGCAACACCAGUUUUCGGGUGAUCAUAUUCUCUACUGACGCUGGUUUCCAUCUCGCGGGGGAUGGGAAGUUGGCUGGUAUCUUAAGACCCAAUGACAAGCAGUGCCAUCUUGACAACAACAAUGAAUAUAACAAAGCCAUUGAGUAUGACUAUCCUUCAGUUGCUCAGAUCAACGAGAUGGCGAAGAUCCACAGAAUCAACCUGGUGUUCGCCAUCACAGCCGAGCAGGAACCGCUCUACGCUCGCCUCUCGCAGCACAUAGAGGGCGCGUCUUCUGGCGUGCUGGCGAGCGACUCCUCUAAUGUGGUUGACCUCCUCACCAGCAGUCUUAAGGACAUCAUAAGCAAAGUGGAUCUGACGGAGCGAGACCACAACGCCCACGUUUCAGUGCGUUACUUCAGCGAGUGCAAGGACGGCGAGAUGAAGGAACGAUCCUCUUGCCAGGGACUCGUUGCCGGGGACGAGGUCCAGUUCCUGGUGGAGGUCACGGCCACAAAAUGCCCAGACAACGAGAAAGAUUGGAAUCCAGUCAUCGAUGUGUAUCCUGUGGGUCGACAGGGGUCUCUGCAAAUCAACCUGGCAAUGCACUGCCAAUGCACCUGUGAUAAGCCAGGUGAUAAGGGUUACAUUGCAAAUGCAGAUGAAUGCAACAGGAGCGGCGAUUUCAAGUGUGGUGUAUGUGAGUGCCACGAAGGUUUCCUUGGAAAGUCAUGUGAAUGCAAUGAUGUCGACAGCACUGGCACCAUCAGCGAAGACACGUGCCGACAGACGAACACCUCUGCAAUAUGCAGCAACCGUGGUCAGUGCAAGUGCGGGCAGUGCCAUUGCAAUGUGCCAACAGAUUCGAAUCAGAAAAUCUAUGGGGAUUUCUGCGAGUGCACCAAUUAUCAAGAAUGUGUCGGCGACGGAGGCUUAACCUGCUCAGGCCACGGGACUUGUGAGUGUAACGAAUGUCAGUGCGAUGACGGCUGGAGUGGCAGCCUGUGCUCUUGUGACGAAGCUGACGACAAGUGCAAGAACCCAGACAUGGACGAGAUCUGCUCAGGUCAUGGCACAUGCACAUGUAACAAGUGCACUUGCAGAGGCGACUACACUGGCAAAUAUUGUGAAGAUUGUCCUACAUGUAAAGGAAAGUGCACAGAAUACAUCCCCUGUGUUCGGUGCCAUGCGUUCCAGACUGGAGCGUAUGAUGCCAGUGAAUGCGAGACUAACUGUGCUCAAUAUAACAUCACCUUGCAUGAAACACUAGAGGUUGACAGCGAAAAGGAGAAAAGAUGUACGUUUCUGGAUGAUAACUGCAUCCUCAUCUUCGCUUACACUCCUGGGAGUGCUGGCGGACGGACAACCAUACGAGUCCAAACGGAGAAAGAGUGCACGGCGCCCGUCAACAUUCUAGCCGUGAUCUUGGGCGUGAUCGGAGGUGUGUUGUUGAUAGGGAUUUUGACCCUUAUCAUCUGGAGGGUUUUCGCGUCUAUCCAGGACCGUCGCGAGUACUCUAAGUUCAUUCUGAGUCGGAAUGACGAGAAGUGGAGCAACAAUGAAAACCCGCUUUACAAGCAGGCCACGACCACUGUCCAGAAUCCAGUGUUUGGAAUGAACAACUGAGACUUCACAUAAGUUCCUGAUGCAGCGCCUGUCAAGGAUAAAAGCGAGCAUAUUGAUAUUUCCUCAAUUUCUCUUUCUCUUUUUCUUUAUUUCCUUUCUUUAUUUCUUUCUCUCUCUCUUUCUCUCUUUCUUUCUUUCUUUCUUUCUUUCUUUGUCUCUUUCUCUUUUUAUCUUUUUCUUUCUCUCUGACACUCUCACCCCAUUCUAUCUUCUUUUUAUGUCGUAAAUUUCACAAUUCCAUAUGUGUAAUACACCGCUGAAAAAAAUACAAAUUUGCACACUACUGCUAUGUUUUACGCAUUUUUCGUUAUCUUAAUUGUUUAUUAGUUCAGUUUUCGUUUAACCAAAGCAUACGAAUACCAUUAACCAUCUGCCUUGUAUGCAUGAUUAAGAGCUUACGUUACUUGUAUAACCGUGUAAGUCAAAUCUUUGUGAAUGACUCAGUGUGUUCGGUAUACGAUGAGGAGCGAGCAGGUUGUUGUUUUUUUCACAGUAUCCCAGGCGGGGAUUUAAUAUUAAAUAUGAUAUGUUAGAAAAAAAGACACCAUGCAGAAACGAGCUUUAUUGAAAGUUCAAUUAUUCUCGUUUUUGCAUGGUGGGUUUUUCUAACAUAGUAUCAACACGAAAGAGUGUUUUACCAUUCAUGAUCUUAAGUAUUCAUCUUUUUUUUCCUCACUAUCAUAAUUUCCCAGGCGGAAAUAUGAUAUUAGUAUAUUAGUAUACGGCAAUUUAAUUAGAAGGCUUUUGGAAUACAGUAAUAAACUUUUUCUUUGUAAUUUCUUCUGAUUCCAUUUUAAUAGUUUUUGUAUAUAUAAGUGGUUGUAUCACAAUAAAAAGAAAAGAAUAAUGACGAAAUGAUGAACAAAUUAAAUUAUAAAAGUCCGUUUCUGCAGAUUUAUAUCGAUCCUCUAGAUUACGCUUCGUUCUUCAUAUAUCGCGAAAGUUUUUCAUUGAGAAGCGAUGAAAAUAUGCUCAAGGCUCGUUUUCAAAGCAUAUUCCAAACCCUCUCUUAAUUAAUUAAGUCAGUUAAGUUUACUUACCACCAUGUCUAUCUGUUCAGGCGUGGGCAAUCGGGAUUACAGUUUUACAUAUAUUUGACACAGUACAGUAUACUGUUAUUGUUCACGGUAAAAUGAAAAUAUAAAUCAUACAUCAUGCAUAAAAAUAUUACAUUGAUAUGCUUUUGCCACUGUGUUUACAUAACACUGCUGGUGUACGGCAGUUUUACAUAGUAAACCUAGGAUAUAGUACGAGUAUAUCUUCCAAUGUAUCAGAUGAAAUGAAGUAUUCACAUAUUCUUUAUAACUCAUGUUAGGUGGUCUGAAAGGCUGUAUCACAUGACAUUCGGAGAUACAGUGCCCAAGCAUUCGCUUAUUUUCUUCGUUCGACAGUCUACAUCUAGAUUAAUCUGCACUUCUUGCACCGUGCAGUUGCCAGCACUUUUUGUAACCUAAACGUAUUCUGGCAAUAAACACGUCACAUUGUCUGGUUUGGUGCCACGCAAAGGAAGGCUUGCUAUCUCUAUACUUAUCGUAGGGCCUUAUGGUAUAGCUUUCAGGCUUCUGAGUGUUUGUCAGAUCUACUAGUUCUUCCUCAUGAGAAAUUUUCAUUAUAUGUGCAACCAUAGCAAGAGGCAUCCCAGGAUUUAUGCUUCCAAUUUGUCUAUGUGGUCGUGCUUGCGUAUGCCAACAUGAGAUGGUAUACAUUUAAGUUGAAUAUUGAAAUAGCGCUCUAUUGUAUAAGUUACGUUACGCUAAAUGCAUUUCACAAUUUCCUCAUCACCUGCUUUGAAAGAAUUAUACCUGCCAACUCCGUUUGUGUAGUGCUGGCCUAAUUUUGCACUCUCAUAUUAACUUGAUGUUGUAGUAAGCCAUUCUCUAUACAGCGCAAGUACAACCAGCUUUGUAUCUGUACGGAUCCGUCAGCGUAACACUCGUAUACAUUAUCACCCAUAAAUUCUGUGUUCCUUUACCGUUGCUAACGCAGUUUGUUGUAACACGCAAUUAUGUACACUGUUUUUUUUUGUGGUAGACAUGUAAGGCGAUCAAUAUUGAAUUUUCCCAUGGUGGAACUGACAUUCUUCAGUUUUAUUGGGUAUUCCCUAGUGUUCGUUUUCAAUCGAAUUUCCGCAUUUUCAGAUAUUGCUUGUGAGAUAAUUCAUCGCUUUGUGUUUUAAAAUAAACGUAUAAAAAUUGUUA